CCCAGAGGGUAAUGGGGGUGGGGUUGGCCGCAGCGACUUCUGGGAUUUGUGGUCCCGAGGGAGAGAUUGGCGGAUGAAAAACGCUUUGAGAAGCACCUCUCCCCCCGUGGGUUUCUCUGGACCGUUCCGACGGCUGGGCUCGGCCAACCCCCUUGAAAGCCCAUGCAUUAGAGUACGCAGGUCGGCGGUCGGCCAUGAUGAUUUCCGCUUCCGGUGGGCAAAGGGCAAGAGGAAUGUAAACACGGGACCGGAGUGGUCAUCAGAAUGGCUUCCUUUGGAUGGAAGAGGAAAAUUGGUGAGAAAGUCUCAAAGGUCACUUCCCAGCAGUUUGAAGCAGAGGCUGCUGAUGAAAAGGAUGCUGCUGAGAGUGAUGAAGGGAACUGGCUUCAUGCCGUAAAACGCAGGAAAGAAGUGCUGCUUGAAGGCUCUGCUGAGAAAAGCAAACAGCUGAAGGAUGAAGGAGCAAACCUGGCGGAAAACAAAAGAUACCGAGAGGCAAUUCAGAAGUGGGAUGAAGCCCUGCAGCUAACACCGAACGACGCUACCCUGUAUGAGAUGAAGUCACAGGUCCUCAUGUCACUUCAUGAAAUGUUCCCUGCAGUUCACGCAGCGGAAAUGGCCGUGCAGAGAAACCCGCGUUCCUGGGAGUCCUGGCAGACUUUGGGGCGUGCGCAGCUGGGGUUAGGAGAGAUAGUCUUGGCAAUUCGAAGUUUUCAAGUAGCCCUUCAUAUCUAUCCAAUGAACCCUGAAAUAUGGAAAGAAGACCUUUCUUGGGCAAGAACACUCCACGAGCAGCAGAAGGUAGCCCAGAAGAUUAAAAAAAGUGCAGCACCAGCGGAAGCCACACAUGUCUCCCCAAAGUCGAUUCCUGACUAUGACUUUGAAAGUGAUGAGAUUGUUGCUGUUUGUGCAGCUAUUGCUGAAAAACAAAAGGCAGUUUCAGCAAAUAAAACAAUGGUUAUUGUGUCAGCUUCUGGGACUGUAGAGACUGUAACUGAGAAGGAAGAUGGUGCUACACCACCCGAUGGCUCUGUGUUUAUCAAAGCCCGAUGAGGUUUUGCAGGAGGUAUUAGAGUCUACCUUUUUGAUUGCCACUUCAAGAUUUAGGCAUACAGGCAUUUACUCUGGAGAAACUGGGCAAAGCUCCUGUUUGUAAAAUAAGUUUUUCACAUGAGGCAUACAAAAACUAAAGGGUAGAGUUAUUACAUAGUGUUUGGACUAUGCUUUGAUAAGUUAUGAUUUAAACUUACUAAGACUAGAAUUCUGACUACAAUGGCUUUUGAUGAAUAAACUUAAUCCAAA